AUGUUCUCUGUACUCUUUGAGUGUCCAUAUUUUUCAUGCUCUGCUGCUGCUGAUGUCCUAGUUCGUCCAGUGAAAGCCUAUAUAAUGACUUCAUCUUGUAAAGAGAAAGGGACUAUUGAGGCCCUAAAAUCAAUUCUUACUGAGGUUGCUAGGGUUCGGCUGCAUGGAUUUUCUGAACGUGAAAUUUCUGUUGCUCGAGCUUUGCUAAUGUCAGAGAUUGAAUCUGCCUAUUUGGAACGUGAUCAAAUGCAAUCAACCAGCCUGAGGGAUGAAUAUUUACAACAUUUUCUCCGCAGUGAGCCUGUUGUUGGGGUUGAGUAUGAAGCACAACUUCAAAAAACUAUACUACCUCAUAUAUCGGCAUCUGAGGUAUCCAAGUAUGUGGAGAAUUUUCCUGUAUUAUGUAUGAAAUGA